CUUUCUUCACCUAAACUGACUGAUUAAACGCUGAAGCUGAGCGUGCACGUUUUAUAGUUAAAUUCUGUUAAUCAUGAACAUCAUUCUGUCGUCCUGUUUGCGCAGUUUGGGGACCAGAAUUCGUGUUGACAGCGCAGCUUCCAGUUGGACUCAGCUGCGGUCUGUCAGCUCUUUGGUUUUCAAAUGGACCGGGGAAGAACAAAGAACUCUAACCUCCAAGGGAUCCUGGAUUUCCCAGUCACCGCCCUGGCAUUAUCAACAGGUCCGCUGGGGCAAAAGAGGCACCGAAUAUCAACCUAAAAAUCUGAAGAGGAAGAGGACACACGGCUGGAUCAAAAGGAUCAGCACACAGGGAGGCAUCGAGGUGAUUCUGCGCAGGAUGCUUAAAGGACGCAAAUCUCUCUCACACUGAGACUCGGCAGCCGAGCACCCGAAAUCGAUGGAUUAAAAAAAAAAUGCAAACGUUUGUUUAACAUUGUUCCAAAUAAAAAGCUAUUUAAUUACUAAA